GACAGAUAUACAUUAACCUAUAUUUUAGAUUAAAGCCAAAAUGACGAAGUUAAUGGAAUGGUUGGCUGUUUUAACAGUAUUGGGAUCAAUUUGGGGGUCGAUGAUCACAAAAAAAGUUGGGGCUGAGUUUGUAGAUAAUAAUUACACCCUGGUUUUAUAUUCGCCGAUUAUUUUUGUUGCUAUAUUUGGGUUGUAUGCUGCAUCUGUUGUUAUUUAUAGAACAUUAACUUUUAAUAAUUGUGAAGAGGCCUCAAUUGAAUUGCAAGAGGAUAUUAAAGCCGCUAAAGAAGAUUUAACACGUCUGGGAUUCAAAUUUAAGGAAAUUUCUACAUAGUUAUUAUUAUUUUUAUGAUAAUGUGUCUUUAAGACUGAUCUAUUUUGUACUUUAAUGUAAAAUAAUGUUAUUUACACCCAAAUAAAACCUUAAAACACGA